AUGUUAUUAUCCUUGGCUGCAAAUUUUGAUUGGCCACUACAACAAUUUGAUGUGAAAAAUUCUUUUCUACAUGGUGAGCUGUCUGAAAAAGUCUAUAUGGACUAUCCUCCAGGGUACGAGAUACCGAGAUUACAUGAUUAUAGAAUAUGCAGAUUGAAGAAAUCACUUUAUGGAUUGAAACAAUCACCAAGAGUGUGGUUUGGAAAAUUCACCAAAUCUAUGAAGGCAUUUGGCUAUACUCAAAGAAACACUUAUCACACUUUGUUCUUAAAGAGACAACAAGGUAAAAUUAUUGCCCUUAUUGUAUAUGUUGAUGACCUGGUGGUGACUGGAAUUGACCCGGAAGAAAGGAAAGCUCUCCAAAGCUACCUGUCUAAAGAAUUCAAGCUAAAAGACCUUGGUCCAAUAAAGUUUUUCCUUGAAAUUGAAGUGUCUAGAUCAUCUAAAGGAAUUUUCUUAUCCCAAAAAAAAUAUACUUUAGAUUUGUUAAAGGAAACUAGCAUGACAGCUUGCCAACCAGCUGAUACACCUGUUGAAAAAGGCUUGAAUUUAAUUGUUGAACCUAAUCAAAUUCCAGUUGAUAAAGGAAGAUAUCAGAGACUUGUAGGAAGAUUGAUGUACCUAGCACACACAAGACCAGACCGUGCUUAUUCUUUAAGUGUGGCUGCACGUGAUAUUGCACAUAAUCCGGUACAACACGAUCGUACCAAACAUGUAGAAGUAGACAGGUUUUUCAUCAAGGAUGGAAAGAUAUUAGAGUUACCUAAGAUUCGAUUGGAGGACCAAUUGGCUGAUCUUCUUACUAAAGCAGCUUCAAAUUCUUGUUGCCAAUCAUUUAAUAUUAUGCCUCAAAAUGAAAAAAAACAACUCGUACCUCUCCCCGAUGUACUUAGCAACCUUCCCGAUAGUGUAAUUGAUGACAUUCUAAUGAGUUUGCCUUUACGAGAUGCUGUGAGGACAAGCAUCUUAUCGAAGAAAUGGAGAUAUAAUUGGUGCAAACUUCCACAACUGAAACUUGAUCAAACACUUUGGGAAACAGCAGAGGACUUAAUAUCCCCUACAAUUGGAUUUACUAACAUUCUUUGUCACUUCUUGACCCUUCAUACAGGACCAAUUACCAAGUUUAUCCUAGAUAUUCCUGAUCUAGAAACAUGUCCUAAUAUUGACCACUUGAUAUAUUUCCUCUCUCGGAAUGGCAUUCAACAUCUUGUCCUUAAACCUCCACUUAGUAGUAAACCAUACAAAUUGCCUUCUUCAUUCUUCACAUGUUCGCAAUUGAGGCAUCUGUUUCUCAGGGAAUGUCUAAUACGUCCUCCACCGGUCUUUAAGGGAUUUGAUAAGUUAACUAGCUUAGAACUAAUUGAAGUCAAAAUUUCUUCUGCAUUGCUUGGAAGUUUAAUCUCACAUUGCCCUUUGCUUGAGCAUUUGGUGCUGCAGCACGAUGCGAUUACAGAUCACAUUGAAAUUAGUUCUCCCAAGCUGAGGUCAUUUAUCUUCACCGGCAGUAUAAAGUUUUUACAUUUAAAGAAUGCCCCUCUUCUUUCCAAAGUUUCAUAUGAGCCUACAGAAUUUCGUGUAAAGGCAGAACAUGAUGUUUGCAAGAUUUUUGAGUCUAUUCCUGCUCUCGAGAAUCUCUGCUGGAUUAACGAUUGUGUCCAGGACGUGCGUGUUGGACCAGCUGAAGUUAUACCAACAAGGCUCCCUUAUGCUCUUCACUGUCUUAAACGCCUUUACAUAUCUGGCAUUACUCUGGGAGAAUUCUUUGAUGUUUCGUUUGCUCUUUGCUUGAUAAGAAGCUCUCCAAAUUUAGAAGAAAUUGAAAUUGAGAUGUAUGUUGUUAGUGAUGAGGACUAUUUUGUACAUGUGCCCCGGGAGGCUGUUGAUGAGAUUCAUGCUAGCUUCUCAGAUAUGACAUUUAAUCACCUGAGGACGAUUAAGCUUAGCAAUGUAGCAGGAGCAGGGGCUGAAAUGCAACUUAUCAAGGUUUUAUUGGCCAAGUCUCCAGCACUGGUCAAAAUGGUAAUCGAUCCCUAUAGAAUGAAAGCAGAAAAAUCUCUCAAAGUACUCGCAGAGAUAACAAAUUUUCAGCGAGUAUCAUCUAAAGCCCAAGUUGGAUACAAUGUAGAUUAG